GAGAGAGGCACAGACUAUAACCCGAGUGUUUAAUUAAUCCACCUCCAGUUUCGCGGGGUUAUCUUUGUUUUAUUUAAGGUAGUUUUGCCUUACAUGUCAAGUUUAAGCCCCAUGUGUUGCUUUUGGAGGGUUUAUGCUCCACAUCGCAGUGUGGAUGAAGAUUAUUUUCGCACUUUUCUUCAUGGAAAGUGGAUUCAGUGAUGUUCGCUUAGCAUGGCUGUGGCUCCUUCACCGGAGCCGGUAUGGCUUUUAGCCUCAUCCGCAAACUGGACGCCCCGUCCCGAGGCAUCCUGUCCAGGAAAGCGGUGGUCAUGCUCUGUUCCCUCCUCGCCCCUCUCAUCCUCCUGCACCUCCUCACCGACCGCUGCGCCUCGCCUUCACCGGUCAGAGGCUCUCCGCGGAACAAGCGGCUCGUGAGCGAACGGCGCGCCGCUGGCCACGGGGUCGCCGAAGGGGCUGUAACGGCUGUGCGCGCGGGACCGACGGUUUGGCAGCUUCCAGAGGAGUCACCUGCUUUUCCGCCGCCGCAGGAUCUGGUCGUUUCUCCCAGGUUCGCAGGUAAAAUCAGCCCGCUCGGGGAGGGGAGCAAGAAGCUGCCCCAGGCUCUCAUCAUCGGGGUGAAGAAAGGAGGGACCCGAGCUCUGCUGGAGUUUCUACGGGUACAUCCGGACAUUAGGGCAGUGGGAGCGGAGCCGCACUUCUUCGACCGUAACUAUGACUACGGACUGGAGUGGUACAGGGAUCUGAUGCCCAAAACCCUGGAGGGCCAAAUCACCAUGGAGAAAACGCCCAGCUACUUUGUGACAAGAGAGGCCCCAGCGAGGAUAUCGGCCAUGUCCAGGGACACCAAACUGAUCGUGGUAGUGAGGGACCCCGUCACCAGAGCCAUCUCCGACUACACGCAGACUCUGUCUAAGAAGCCCGAUAUUCCCUCUUUUGAGAGUCUCACCUUCAAAAACAGGACUACGGGGCUCAUUGACACCUCGUGGAGCGCCAUCCAGAUCGGCAUCUACGCCAAGCACCUGGACAACUGGCUGCAGUACUUCCCCAUGGACCAGAUCCUCUUUGUGAGCGGCGAGCGUCUGAUCAGCGACCCGGCCGGAGAGCUGGGCCGCGUGCAGGACUUCCUGGGCCUCAAGAGGAUCAUCACAGACAAACACUUUUACUUCAACCAGACCAAGGGAUUCCCGUGCCUCAAAAAGGCAGAGGGCAGCAGUAAGCCCCACUGCCUGGGAAAAACCAAAGGGAGAACCCAUCCGAACAUUGAUCCCGAGGUGGUGCAGAGGCUACGGGACUUCUACAGGCCCUUCAACAUGAAGUUCUACCAGAUGACAGGACGUUUCUUUGGCUGGGAUCACUGAAUGUGUCUUUUUUUUUUGCUAAAUAAUGAGUGAGAAAUACAAUGGGUUCUUAGGCAAACACUUGAUGGUAUGAGAAUUUGACACUUUGGGCUUUAAGUUGGAGCACUCUAACCCUAACCCCAAAUUUUGUCUUGUUUCCCCCAGUCAUUAAUUGAAAAUUGAAGCUGUUGGACUUUUCUAAAAAAAAGAAAAAAAGUCUUCUGAAAUUAAGAUAUUUACACACUUGGUAAAAGCAGACAUUACAUUAGACUAAACUUUGGCUCCUGUCAGUCAAUUGACAUUAGCACAAUUGUUUUAAUUUGUUAAAGUUACAUUAUUGAGAUUUUUUGUCUUUUCGUCAAGUUGAGAAAUGUACAUGUAUUUCUUCAUAUUUUGUGGAAUUACCCAUUAAAGCGUAAGAUUUGGAUUAAAUAUUUUUUGGUAUUCGCUACAAGGUCCUAACAAUAGAUUACUAUCAUUUUGACCAAUGUUUUAGUUUCUUCUCACAACAUGACAUGUUGCAAAAACUAUUUCUCUGAAUGAAUUUGCAAACUAUAGUCUGAGGUUUUUUUUGUAUUGCUUUUCUGUCUGCUUGACAGUAGGACACUGUCCUUUUAUGAUUAAUUCACACAUUUCUCACCACAUUCGUCUCUGGGAGACAAAUCAGACUUCUUCCUGAGCUAAGUGUUGCCUGGACAUUACCAAACUCAAAUAAAUGAUUGAGGCAUUUCCA